AUGGCAAACAUAACGCAAGUCGGCAGUAAAAUCUUUACUUAUGCCCUCAUCAUUCCAUUGCUCUUAUUUUAUCCUCUUCUAUUAUGUGGAUGUGUUUCAACCUCCCCAGGGAUACCGAAUCUCCACUUGGUCCAAAUCGAAGUUGAUGACGAAACCAAAGUCCGAGUGGGUUAUUAUGGAAUAUGUGCUAUUGGAACUGACAACACCGAUUGUAUUGCUUCGGCGUUCUUAUCCAAUUCCUCCAUUUCAAAGAAAUUUCAAAAAAGUUUACGAGGACAACCUUUAUCUCAGGACUCCCUGAACGAAGCCAUCAAGCUGCAAACUAAAGUUUUCCUCAACGUCUUUGUAAUCGCAGGCCUUCUCCUCUUUUUCGGCCUCUUUUUCGAGCUGAUUCGAAUAUGCAGCACUAAACGCAAACGCAAAACAACACCAAGUUCAUCAACCAUUCGUCGUCAAAAUUUCUACCGACAGUUCUCACUCGCCUUGGCCUGGGCCUCGUCCGCGUUCACAUUGGCAGCUGCUGCGGCAAACACACAAACCGGCAAGGGACUCAAACAGACUUCUGAAGGCACGAUUUCCCCCGGUCAAACUUCACUAGCCCUUCACUGGGUGGCCUGGUCGGUGUCGCUGUUGUUCUCUUUCGGGCUAACAAUGCUUCACCGCGGAAGGAGUGGUGUCGCCUCGCAAGCUGGGAAGAUGCCCGACUCGAGCUUCGAUUAA